AUGCCUAGAAGAAGAAGGUCGCAGCUAUCUAAGAAUAGUUCCCAAGCGAGAUUAGUAAAAGUUCGUCGUAUUGGAGAGUCUUCUUCUGAAAAUGCAGAUCGUCUGGAAAUUAUGAGAGUGUACGCUUCCCAAUCGCGAGCCAGAGAAUUAAGCGUCGAACGUUCAAUUCGUCUUGCAGAACAAAAUGCAAGAUACGAACGACAGUCAAGUGCUGAGCGCUCUCAGCGACUUGAAGAAAAUAGAGCUAGGAACUCGCGAACGCGUGCACGGGAAUCUAGCACUGAACGCUCGCAGCGGCUUUUGACACAGCGAGAUAGACAACGGUCGUUAAGAGCUAGGACGCGCAAUAGAAUUUUAGCGCAUAGUAAUAGGUCGGCAUUUAGUUACGAUCCUCAAAUUGAAUAUGCUCAUCAAAACAGCAUCCAAAUCGGAGCAAUGAAUAAGAUGUGUCCGAUAUGUUUCACUAAAAAAUGGGCUGAGGAAGCGAAAGGUAUGUGCUGUGCAUCUGGAAAGGUUGUUCUCCCUAACAUUGAUGAGCCACCAGAACCAAUUAAAAGUCUUUUGACAAAUAAUCAUAUACUAUCCGCGCAUUUUUUGAAUAACGUACGUAGAUACAAUAGCCUUUUUCAAAUGACUUCCUUUGGGGCAAAAGAAAUUAAGGAGGGUCAUUUUAUGCCUACCUUUAAGGUGGAAGGACAAGUUUAUCAUCUCAUAGGUAGCCUUUUACCGCCAUCAGGACAAAUUCCCCAAUUUUUGCAGAUAUAUUUUAUUUCCGAUGCUGAUCAACUAUCAUUGCGAUCAAACACGGCUCCCAUGCUAAAACUAAAUUUGAUAAACGAAUUGCAGACCAUGUUGAAUAGCCACAAUGUUUACAUACGAAGUUUUAAACAUAGUAUUGAACUCAAUACCCCCGACAGUUUGAAAUUGAUCAUUUACUCUGAUCGCACACCCCAUACAGAACACAGAGGAAGAUAUAACGCCCCUUCAAUAAAUGAAGUGGCCGUUCUCUUGGUCGAUGAAGACAAAGGACCCAGGGAUAUAGUACUGCACGGUAGAGACGGACAACUAAAACGAGUGUCGGAAUUACAUCGAGCAUAUGAUCCGCUACAAUAUCCGUUGAUGUUUGCAUCAGGAGACGAUGGAUAUUAUUUAACUAUUCCUCAGCAGAAUUCCUCAAGAAAUAAGACUGUGUCAUGUAUGCAAUAUUAUGCAUACCGUUUAAUGAUUAGGGCCAACUGUUUUAAUGCACUCCAUUAUCACAAAGAUUUGUUUAAUCAAUAUUGUGUGGAUAUGAUGGCGAAGAUGAUUUCCGAAAGGUUAAAUUUUGUUUACCGAAACCAACAAAAGCUUAGAGCGGAUGACUAUAUUCAUUUAAGGGAUGCUUUAAACCAAGACGCAAGGAUAAUUGCAGCUAAUAUCGGACAGCAUGUCAUCUUGCCGUCAUCAUUUACUGGGUCUCCAAGGUAUCUCCACGAAAAGACACAAGAUGCAAUGACAUACGUGCGCAAUUAUGGAAGGCCAGAUCUUUUCAUAACUUUCACCUGUAAUCCAGAUUGGCAAGAAAUAAAACAGGAACUUUUUCCCGGUCAACGGUCUUUCGACCGGCAUGACAUCAUAGCUCGAGUGUUUCACUUAAAAAUGAAGAAAAUGAUAAAAAUAUUAACAAAAGACGCGAUUUUUGGGCCGGUUAAAUGUUAUAUGCUUACUGUUGAGUGGCAAAAAAGAGGAUUGCCGCAUUGUCAUAUGUUGCUUUGGUUGAACUCAAAAGUACAACCCGAUGAAAUUGAUAAAAUAAUAGUUGCCGAUCUACCUAAUAAAGACGAAGACCCAGUAUUAUUUGAGAUAGUCACAAAGAAUAUGGUACAUGGACCAUGUGGACAAGAAAAUUUGACUUCUCCGUGCAUGAAAAAUGGGAUAUGUAGAAAAAAAUAUCCACGAAGUUUCGUGACUGUAACCAGACCGGUGAGGAUGGGUAUCCCGUUUAUCGACGACGCGAUAUCGACAACGUAG